UUGAGAUAAUUAACCAUAUGGCUCCAUUACAUUUAGAUUUUGCUGUUUUAUAUCUGUGAUCACAAACACUGUUGGGUAAUAGUAGAGCAGAUGGCAUAGUUGGGAGUGGCAGUCUAUUCCAAAUGAGAACUUCAUCAGUUGUUACCUGAAUGCAAGCCAUAAUGAGCUUACAUUACAAGUGAUAUAGGUGGGUCUUUAAAAAUACCCGUAGCUGAAUGGUAAUACGAUUUGGGGUUGGGUUUCCUUGCAACUGUUGAAGGUGUGUUGGUCUUGGACACUUUUACAUGUACUUAACUGAAUAUUUCCUUAAAAUUAUGCCUGGUCACCUUGUCAAAGUUAAAGAUAAUUGUGACAUUAGACCAAGAAGAAAGAUGGUUGCUAUAGGAAAGGGAAAGACAUUUGAGGAAAAUUAGCCUCCACUGAAUUUACAUUGCCAGUGGGUUAAGAAAGGAAUCCUAUCUCCAAAUGGAAGUAAAUGUGGAAAGAGAACAUUUGGAAAUUGAAAACCAGAGAUACAAAUAUUUUGAGCUUACUGCUGAGAAUAUGACCCUCUCAUAGAAAGUAUUCCACUAGGUCAUUCUUAUUCUGAGUGUGAAAAAUUUGGAGUAAUACAGAAUAGUGUGAUAAGAAAUAUCCUUGGAAAUAACACUUCAAGCUUUUCUUUUUAAUAAGAAAAAUUCCUGCAAAAAAGCCACUGAUAAUUGAAAAUGAAAGUCUUCACCUAUGGGAAUAAUUUUGAAACGGUUUAAGCUGUCAAGAUAAACAUCCGUUUGUGGCCUCUCUGGAUGGUUUAUCUGGCCCUCCAUCUAGACUGUUUAACCUGGUGAACCUUCAGUCUUAAGCUUGAACUAUUUGUGCAGUUCAUCAUUCAAUCCCAUGGCCGUUGUGAUAGCUGAGUCUUGGUUUUAAAGAAAUGGUGUAUAUUGCCUGACCUGGUAUAGACAAUCAACAAAUGACCACAGUACCUUGCAUCUUCUACCACAAACAAAUUAUAAGAGGAAAAGAUCAAAUUUAUGCUCUUCUAAGCUCUUCCUGGCGAAACAUGGAGCUGAUGAAUACCACCAUCUUCUCAAACGCCUCGGCUGUAGACCUGGACCACUGUGACUGGCGUUGUAGGAUGAUACUGAUAGCACUCUACAGUGUGGUUUUGCUCGGAGGCACUGCCGGAACAAUUAUGAUGUUACGGAUGAUGUUCAAAAGGAAGAGUCAAUCAAUGAUCGCCAUGAUCAUCCCCAAUAUCAUAGUGCUGCACUCGAUACUUCUGGUCAGUCUUCCAUUCCGCCUCAGCUAUUAUGUGUCCGUUGUCUGGGUGUUUGGAUCCUUUGCCUGCCGAGUGGUUAGCAGCAUAAUAUAUGGUCAUAUGUACUUUACCUUUGUUUUCUAUGUGGCCAUUAUCAUAUCCCGACUACUCAACUAUUUUAAAAAACUCCAAAUGCAACGGUUGCAGAAGUACCAUGUGGUAGUUUUAAGCAUUGUUAUUUGGAUCGUGGGGAGCCUCGUUUUUUUACCAAUAUUUUUUUUUAAAUAUGGUACAGAUCCGAGACACUCAGAACAGCAACGAUGCUUUGAGUUCUACAAAGAUCUCAACCACAGGGAAUUCAUUGUCAUAAACUAUUCUAUGAUUGUGAUUAUGAUGACCACCGUUGUGGCCCUCUUCCUAAUAAAGAUGGCUGUCAUUUUUCAAAUGAUUAAAGCUCUUUGGCCUGACAUGUGGGCCCAUCAAGAGUACAGAGCUCAAAUCAAGAGCCUCUUCUUCCUCCUGGUAAUAGUUGUGUGUUUUAUACCCCACCAUGCAUUCCGGAUACACUUUAUUCAAAAUUAUUCAGAAAAAGAAGAUUCUGAGUUAGUUCUUUAUAAUGAAAUUUGUGUUGCUUUAACUACAGUCUGUUGCCUAGAUAUGCUGUGUUUCAUAGGUGGAGCUAUUCAUUGAGCAUCUACCUAACUUGCUUUGUAACCAGUUUCUCCACUACUGUGACAAAAUAGUUUCAAUUCAUUGGGUGCCACUGUGAUUUCAAAAAUCUUCAAAUUCUCUGCUCCUUAUGGUCACCAAAAUUAUUUUUCUAUUAAAAAUUAAUGAAAAUGGAUUAUAUCCCUCUCCUUGGAGAACCAUUAUCAGCUCACCAUUAACCAUAGAAUAUAUUCAAUAUCCUUAACCAUACACAAUUUAGCCUCAUCCAACCGUUCUAGAUUCAACCUUGACCAUUUUCUUUCAUGCGGCAUUUACCUUAGCUAAACACAACUCUUGGCUUUCCUUAUGUACUCUACAGACUGUUCUCCUCUAUGCAUUUGCUCUCACCCGAGCUCUGAUCCUAGAAUGUUCUUGUUCUCCUUCUUUAAACUUUAGUCAUUCUUCAAGGUCCAGAGAACCCAGAGGUAUGGACUCUAUAGAUGAACCAAACUCUAGAGAGGCCUCAACUUAUUCAGCUUCCAUUUAACUUGAGAUAGCUGCCUCUUGAAAACAACUGAGAGCCAGUAAGCUGUAGCUUCUGGCUUUGGUACUUGGAGGAAAGCAUUGGUUCAGAUACAGUAGUCAAGAGAGUUGUAGGAAACCUUUUCAGGAGUGAUUAAGCAUUGAUGUGAUUUGGCUACGACUGAGACAUAGUAGGUACUGAGGAACCUGAGGUUACUUUCCAGAUGUAGCUUCUCAACACGAAUCCUUUAAACUGGAGGAGAAAAAAAUAUAUAUAUAUUGAAGAAGGAAGAAAGCAGCUAGACUUAAAUUUAGGCUAAGAUUGCCAGCAGAAUGUAUUAGAGCCCACACUUUGAAACGAUGGAUCAUUCUUAGGUUUUUUAAGGGAUCCUGUAUGUGCUUGCCUGCCAACUGAAAGGAAGUUCAGCAGCUAGAACCCAUCAGCCACUCCAAGGGAGAAAGAUGCAACAAUUGGCUUCUGUAAAGAUUAUAAUCUGGUUCUACUCUGUCCUAUGAGUCGGAAUUGAAGGCAGUGGUUUUGUUUUUGUAUGACCAAGUAGUGUUCUGUGAGUAAAAUCAACACUGAAUGGACUAAACUAAAUAAAAACAACCAAGAAAGUGAACUUAGAUCUGAAUUACUUAAUAUAGAAUUUGACUUGCUCUUAAGCUUUACUUAUAAUAAUGCUACCUUUGAAACUUCAUAUUUAAUGACUCAAGUAACCAAAAAAUGACCUUAUGGUUAAGAAGACGGCAUAGUUUCUGUAACAGAGCUUUGGAAUUGUUCAGAGUUCUGAAUUCAAAACUUCAAAAUCUUGGUUGAGUUAUUUACAAUCUCUGAACCAAUUUCCUGUGUUGUAGGGCUUUGAUGCAGCUGAAACAAGAAAACAUGUGCUAAAUGACUGGCAUGUGCUAAAUGACUUUCUAGACUGUAUCUAUUGAAAGUGAUACUAAGAAUGAUUUUAGUCCUUUUUCCUAAUUCACUAAUACCUUUUUUUUGCAAGAAAAUUUCCAUAUGAGUUCAAACAAAAAGAAAAAAACAAACAAAAAACCCAAACUAGUUGCCACUGAGUUGUUUCCAAGACAUGGCAACCCUGUGUGUUUCAGAGUAGAACUGUGCUCCAUAGAGAUUUCAAGGCUGUAAUCUUUCAGAAGCAGAUCUUCAGGAUUUUCUUCCAAGGUACCUCUGAGUAGGUUCGAACCACCAACCUUUUGGUUAGUAGUCAAGCGCUUAACCAUUUGUGCUACUCAGGUCCAAAACCCCAUAAAAUAUGUAUCCAUAUAGAAAACAUAGUGGCUGGAUUGCUAUUGGUCAAUAUUGAUCUAAUGCUUUAUGUCAUUAUUAAAUCAGUAACUAAAUGGAUGCUUAUUCCUCUCUUUGCCUUUAAGAACUUACCAUUAUUAUUUUUAUUAUCAGUACUAUUACCGUUAAGCAUAUUUCAAAAUAGUUUGUAAUCCUGCUGUCACAGAACAAGACAAAUACCAGUAUACUUAAUUAUGCCUAAUCAAUGUGUUAGGACACGUGAAAUGUCUUAAUAGUCAUUUCGAGAUUGAUUGUGAUUAGUUAUAGCUCAGUAUAUGCAACUGAUUAAUGCAUAGGGUUCUGUGGUUUGUUUUUAAUAUGCUAGGAAGCCUCUAAGGAGGCCAUUAAUUAACCCCCUUCCUAAUAUUCUUGCCCUUGUGUAAUCUCACCUUAUACUGGCUUGAUCUAAUGAAUAGAAUAUGGCAGAGCAAUGGGGUGUCAUGUCCAAUAUUAGGUUAUAAAAACACUGUGGCUGCCAUCUUGGGCUCUCUCUAUUUCUCGUUCACUCCUCUUGGAUUGCUUUACCCUGAAGGAAACCAGAUGCCAUAUCAUGAGCAGCCCAGUGAAGAAGCCCAUGUGGCAAAGGAUUGAGACCUACCAAUAGCCAUGUGAGUGAAUUUUAAAGUGGAUCUUUUGAGACUUGCCAACAGCUAUAUGAAUGAACUCAGAAGCGUAUCCUCCCUCAAUUGAGUCUUGUGAUGACUGCAGCCCUAGCCAGCGCAUUGAGUGCUGCCUCGAGGCAGACCAUGAGCCAGAACCAUCCAGCUAAGCUAAUCCUGGAUUCCUGACCCGCAGAAACUGUGAGCUAAUAAAUGUUUCUUGUUUUAAGUCACUAAGUUUGGGGAGAAUUUUUUUUAUUCAUCAAUAUAUAACUAAUACAGUAAGUCAAUUAUUUAUACCUGUACAAUGCUACCACAUAAGGCACUUUUGUGCUAAAUGCAGAAAGUCACCCCCAUUGGGCAGACAAAUGACAGAAAGGCCCCUUUUUCAUGGAACACAGAGUGGAGGGCCAGUUGGGUUUCUAUCCCCAUUUACCCCCUUUGCUGGACUGUUCUGAGUGGUGCACAAAUUACACAACUCUAUGUUACUCUGGUGCUUUCAUUUAGAUCUUGGAACACGGUUUCUUCAAUGACAAUAGCUGUAAUUGUCAAUUGUGUCUCUACAGAAUCCGCAUUAAACUUUCUAGACUAUAUCUGUUGCAAAUGAGCCUGUGAUUUUCUGUCUCCUCAAAGCAGGGGACCAUAUCAGACAAAGGGCAUUUAUUUUCCCUCCCUAAGCCUAAGCUGGCCCUAAGGAAAAAACAAUUCAUCUUUAUCAUCCUAUCCCACUCCUCCUUUAUCCUGGCAUUUCUUUUCUCACACCUUUUACGUCUGACUUUGGCAAGGUUGUCAGUCCCUGCUUGUUCAACUUGCUGAUAAUAACUAAUACACACUUGUCUGUUCUCUGACCCAGUAAGAACUUUGUCCAGAAUUAUAUUAGAAGCUUUACUCCUAUUCUUGAAGAUUAGUGGUUUGGCUAUACGGUAGUACAUGGAGACAUACUAGGGGUGAAUUAGGGUAGAAAUAGCAAAGGGGAGACCUGGGGGAGUGAGGUGGGUGGAAAUUCUACUUUGUAUGUCAUGUCCUAUAGACCCUUGGUUCUCAAAGUGUGGUUCCAGGACUAGCAGCAUCAGCAUCACCUAGGAUCUUGGUAUAAAGGCAAAUUCUCAAGUCCCACCUGAGACCUACUGAUUGAGAAAUUCUGAGUGUGAAAUCCAGCAAUAUGUGUUUUAACAAGCCCUCCAAGCGAUUCUGAUGCAGGCUAAAGCCUGAAAACCACUGCUCUAGGUUGAGUUUAAAAAUUGAAAAUGGGCACACAUUCUUUGAUGUUGCGCUCUUUGAAAGGCAAAACCUAUAUCCCCUACCCCUCAAUCUGGAUAGAGCUUGUGACUUCUCCAGCCAAGAGAACUACAGGGGAAGUGACACUGUGCCAGGUUCCAGACACAGACCUUAAAGACUGGCAACUUCCAUUUCCUGUCUCUUGGAACACUCACUCUUGAAGUCCUGAACUGCCACACAAGAAGUUCGACUACCUUGCUAGAAACAACAUCUGGAGAUGCCUGAGACAACAUGGAGAGAAGUGGACUAUGAGCCCAGGUGAGCCCAGAUGAGCCCAACCUUCCAGCCAAGGAACCAGGUGUCCAAGGAACCAUCUCGAGCCCUUCAAACCAGCCCAGCUGCCAUGUAAAUACUAUUGAGUGAGAACAGUCCACACCAUGUAUGGUAGAAAAAUUGCCCCGCACAUCCUGCCUGGAUUCCUGAUGCAUACAAUUGUGAAAUAUAAUGAAAUGGCAAAAGAUAAUUCAAACAGUUGAUGACUGGCUACAAAUGAAAGUAUAGUUUAAUGCAAUCCGAUAGAAAUAUAACCCAAGCCACAAAUGUGAGCCACUAUGUAAUACUCAGUUUUCUAGCUGUUACAUUUAUAAGUUAGGAAAGAGGUGAAAUUAAUUAUAAUAAUAAACUUUAACCCAUUAUAUCCAAAAUAUUAUCAUUUAAACAUGCAAUCAAUAUAAAAAUUUUUGAGAUAUCUUACCUUCUUUUACUCAUGCUAAGCUGUUUAAAUUCCAGUAUGUAUUUAACACUGUUAAAUCCAUUGCU